AUGGGAGACCACAAGCUCUCCCAGAUCAAGCAUGAUGAGCAUCUAUUGCUUGACCAACCACUCCUUCGUCUACCCUCCGAGCUUCUCCGUAAGAACUUUCGAACGGCACAUUUCGCAAUCGAGAAGGAUACCACUUCCCUCAAAACACUGCUAAAGGAUUCUGCUACUGCCACCGUAUCUGGCCGCGCAUCUCAGGAAGAUGUUCUUCGAAACGUCGAUGCUAUGAUCACCCGAAUGCGCGGCCUGAAGCGCAAGCUCACUACGAGUGCGGCUGAGGAAGCUCUUUUGCACACUCAAGCUGCGGCCCGCAUAGCUCAUCUCGAUGAGCUAUACAAAAUGGAUUCCGUGGAAGAUGUGAAAUACGAAACCUGGAGUAGGAAAAGGCUGGACCGGCUUUUGGCGGAUUACCUCCUUCGCCAUGGGUAUAACGAGACUGCAAAGCAGUUGGCGGACCAGCGCGGUAUCAAAGACCUCGUUGACGUCCAUACCUUUGUCGCUGCUAGUCGUAUUCGAGACUCCCUCAUGAGGGAGAGUAGUAAACUCGAGUUCAUGCUACGCUUCCAGCAAUACAUCGAACUCGUUCGCUCCCAGUCCCCAUCCAAAGUGAAUGAGGCUAUCGCUCAUGCAAAGAAGCAUCUCAUCCCCUACCGAACCACGUUUCGUCGCGAGGUUGAACAAGCUUGUGGUCUUCUUGCCUUUCCGCCUGGUUCCAUGGCGUACGGGGAGCUCUACAAGCCUUCCCGCUGGGCUGAACUGGCCGAACUUUUCACCAAAACCCAUAACCAGCUUCUCGCCCUUCCUGCGGUUCCUCUUCUCCACAUUGCACUUUCCUCUGGCCUCUCAGCUCUCAAAACACCGGCCUGCCAUACUCAUUCCGCAAAUCCACCGCAAAGUUCAAAUGUGAGCCACACGACUAGUUCCACGAAUGUGACAGAAACAGGUGCUUCGACUCUCGGCCAUGGCGUUUGUCCUAUUUGCUCUACAGAGCUCAAUGAACUCGCACGAAACGUACCUUAUGCCCAUCAUACACAGAGCCACGUGGAACAUGAUCUGAGGCUACUGCCAAAUGGUAGCGUCUAUGGAAGGGAUCGUCUAGAGACACAGGCGAGGAAGAACGGCUUGCCUGCUGACCAAAUCAGGGAUCUACGGACGGGCCAAAUAUUCCCCGUCGAUUCCUUGAAAAAGGUUUACAUCACAUAG